AAUGAGCCUCAUUUUUUUUCUUACCUCUAGUAUUCGCUGAGUUUUAUGGCCUUUUUUGAUUUGGGUGAGAAAGGUCAACGGAUGCAACAUUAUUAAAUAUCAAGUUGUUAAGAAACGUACGUUUAGCCUUAUCACAGUGCUGUCACAGACAAGUUGAUAUGAUGGAUCCAGCUCGGGCAGCGGCUGCAUCCAGUUUGUUUACUGUACAUAUGUUUCAUACAAAGGCACACAUAUUGGACAUAGUUGGGGGAAACGGUCACCAUUAUGACGGUUUCACACGGUCCUCUGAGGGUUUCACAGAACUGACUACAUUAUUGUUCACAACAGUGACUCUCUGGCAGUCUGAAACCUAAAAUCCAGCCUCCGCCCCGGGUCUCGUUACCCUGGUAACCAGUGUGUCAGAUUUAGGGCUUUUUUUUUUUUCCAAGACCCUCCUCCAAGACUUGGCCGAGGGUGGACAGGAAGGAGCUGUUUCAGAAGUCUAUUCUCUAUGAAGGGGCACUGAUUGUCUUCCAGUGUUUGUUAAUCAUACACUUAAGACCCACAUUUCCGCUGAACUUUUGACUUGAUAUCUGAGCACGUCGCAUUUCGGAGGGAGACGCUGCUCAGGACAGAAAUGACUGCCAUUAGUAUCAAGGUCCAGGGAGCAUCCUCCCCAGAAAGAAAAUCCCGCCCUCACUUUCUGGAGGUCCUGGUCCGCAGUCUGAUCAUCCUGUGUACAGCCAUGGCCAUUGUCCUAUCCUCCAUGGCUGUGUGUGAUGGCAUCUGGCUUCAGACGACAGGGGGUCGCACGUUUGGCCUGUGGCAUUUCUGCACUAUGGAGGCACAUGUGGCUGAGGGAACAAUGGUGGUUGAAGGUGCCCUAACAGCAACUGGGGAUAUUGUGGUGGGGCAGGACCAAGAGGCCUUUAGUGUGCAUGGAGUUGAGGUAAAUCAACAAAAGCCAGACCCGCCUGACUGCACCACCCACCUAAGACAGUCUGGGGUCACUGGGGUGGAAACGGGUCUGGGCCUGUGUCGAUUUCUAGUCUGUUCGGCGGUGGUAGCUGCCAUCUUCGGCUUGGAGCUCCAGGUGAUUUCCCAAGUGAGCAAGGGCCGUGACGCAGCCUGCCGGUGGUACCUAGGGUCGGCUCUGGUGCUGGUGGCGGCAGUGAUGUCUGCCUUAAGUGUGGUAGUGUUCGUGGUUCUGCUCCAAGGGUCUGUGUCACCAACAGGCUUCACCCUCAACUUCUGGUGCCAAAUCACCACAGUCUUCCUCUUUUCCCUGAAUGGGAUAGCAGCACGCCACAUUCAUUCUAUGGCUGUGCAAGCCCCUCCUAGUGGCACCCUGGGAAAAUGCUAAGAGCAGGUCUACUGGUGGAUCUGUUACUUGGUGCACAUGUGAGUGUGCUAGAGUUCAUCAGAGGAGCCUUUGGGUUAGCUAUGUACAUUCUUAGCUAAUAUUCAAAGAGAUAUUUCACGCAUAUUGCCACACUGAUGAGUUAGAAAAUCCUUUACUUUAGGAGCUUUGGGUUCAACCCUCAUAACAGUAAGCAUCCACUCUCCAGAAGUGUUAUUGAGUAAGAUACUGAGUAUCUCCCAGUGGCAGACAUGCUGCCCUGUAUGUCACCCUGCAUUUCUGAGGUGAGAAAAAAGUCAAAUGCCUUUUCUUUUUUGGGGGGGGGGGGGGGAUAAAUAGAGUUUCACUUGUGAUUUGUAAUCAGAACGUUCAGUUGGUGGUAGAUCUGUUUUUCCUUAACUGUUGUGGUGAUAUGCAUACUUAGAAAUAAGAGCGAUCAAACAAAAUCCUUUUUGUGAGCAAUGUGUUUAGGAAAGAUAGUCCCAUGUUAGCCAAUUGUAGUUGACUGAAGUGGCUGUAAGACACUAACUGGUGGUCAGAUUUACUGUAAAUGCUUAUCCAGUUAAAAACGACAAAAAUGGAGGCCACAGCGACAGGUGGCUCCCUGGUUCUCCCCAGCUUUGUGUUUCUAUUUUUCUUCAUGUACCUUUACUUGUUGACCUCAAUAUUGAUACCAAAUAUUGAAGGCCGUAUGUGGAUAUAUUCUGUAUUAUGGUAAACGUUGUUAAAAAAAGUUUUCAGCAGCCUAUUGCCUCUACAUAAACAUUAGAUUGACUGCAUAUUCAAAAUAUUCUGCUCUUUAGUGUUGCAAUACACUUUUACUUUUGUUAAUGGCCUCACAGUUGUGCAGGAAAUUACUAGAAGCCACCAGUCAUAUGGUGGUAAAUUUUGUCUGUGUUUGUUUAGUUUAUCUAAGAUACUUUUUUUUGGGGGGGGGUUCCCCCCUUUUUCUCCCCAAUUGCAUUUGGCCAAUUACCCCACUCUCCGAGCUGUCCCGGUCACUACUCCACCCGCUCUGCCGAUCUGGGGAGGGCUGCAGACUACCACACGCCUCCUCCAAUACAUGUGGAGUCGCCAGCCGCUUCUUUUCACCUGACAGUGAGGAGUUUCACCAGGGGGACGUAGAGCGUGGGAGGAUCACGCUAUUCCGCCCAGUUCCCCCUCCCCACCUGAACAGGCACCCCGACCAACCACAGGAGGUGCUUGUUCAGCGACCAGGACACAUACCCACAGCUGGAUUCCCAACUGCGGACAUGGCCAAUUGUGUCUGUAGGGACACCCGACCAAGCCGGAGGUAACAUAGGGAUUUGAGCCGCUGGUCCCCAUGUUGGUAAGCAACAGAAUAGACCGCUACGCUACCCGGAUGCCCCAGAUACCGGCCACUUUGACAGGUGACCACCCAUCUCCAUCCUACUCUGCUCCAAGAAUCUAGUUGGCAAACAAAAGUGUUGGCUACUGGGUAUUAGCCACAAUGGCCUCAGGACAAAAAUUUUUUUUAACUUUUUUGCACUACAACAAAAAGCUUCACAAAAGAAGUCACUAUCAGAGUAGGAAAAAAAUGUACAACUGUGGCAGUUGGGGGAUUUUGUCAUUACAGAGACUGUCCUACUGGAGGACGUGUCUCUGCAAGCAUCCUGCGGAAGCAGGGUACUUCAGAGGGGGAUUUGCUCCCAGGGAUAAUAAAGUGUCACACUGUUACAUUUACUGUAACUGUCUCUAUACAGUUAACUUCAACUCAAUUCAAUAAGUGUUUGGUGGUUGAGCAGUAACAGGACAGAAUCAUGUCAACGAGUCAAUGUAGAAAACCAAGCAAAACUAUACUUUUCAAUAAAUCUUUA